AAUCCCAGCACUUUGAGAGGCCAAGAAGUAGGAAGCCCAGAUGGCAGCCUAGACCCUGGGAACCACAGCAAAUGGGGGCUUCUGGGAGAUCCACACAGAGGAACCUGGAGCCCGGGCAGCAACUUGGAGGGGCCGUCUCAGUCUCAUAAAAGAGGAUCAGGCAGGAGGAGUUUGGGAGAAACCUGUGAAGGGCCUGAUUUGCAUCAUCAUGACGGGCCUCUCCUUGGCCUCUGCUGUGCUCCUGGCCUGCCUCCUGAGUCUUCACCUUAGAACUGCCACACGUGGGAGUGACAUAUCCAAGACCUGCUGCUUCCAAUACAGCCACAAGCCCCUUCCCUGGACCUGGGUGCGCAGCUAUGAAUUCACUAGUAACAGCUGCUCCCAGCGGGCUGUGAUAUUCACUACCAAAAGAGGCAAGAAAGUCUGUACCCAUCCAAAGAAAAAAUGGGCACAAAGAUACAUUUCUUUAUUGAAAACUCCGAAACAAUUGUGACUCCGCUGAAUUUUCAUCCGAGGACCCCUGGACCCUGCUCUUGGCUCUGCGGCCCUCAGGGGAGCCUGCGGAAUCUUUUCUGAAGCUUCCAUGGGCCCGCUGGGGAGGAGAGGGUGUUUCCUCCCAGAGUUAUUUUAAUAAAAGUUGUUCAUAGA